AACACUCUUAACAUUUAAUUUGAUUUAUUAUGCUGUUUUUGAACAGCUGGCUAAAUAAAUUUAUGAGAAAAUUAAAGUAUAUACCUUGAUGCUCCUCCUUUUCGAAGAAAACUUGGUAAAGAUUUGCUUGGGUCCUAAGCAAAUAAUAAAUCCAAACCGCACUCAACAAGGAGAGGGAGGGAGGCAUACCAAAUCUAGCUUAUAAAUGGGGUGGCUCGCGAGGUUGACUCGUAAAGUGUAAAAACCCUACGAACGAAGAAAACCUUUCAAAAACCUCUUUGUAGCGUCUGUGUCGGUGAGUCUGAUAGCUUAAUGGAGAAGAUUCUGGGAGUUAACAAUGUUGGGGGGGAGAGGAGGCCAAAGACUAAGAUAGUGUGCACGUUGGGACCGUCGUCUCGGUCGGUGGACAUGUUAGAGAGGCUUCUGAGGGCAGGGAUGAACGUUGCUCGCUUCAACUUUUCCCAUGGCACUCAUGCUUAUCACCAAGGGACCCUCGAUAAUCUCACCACUGCCAUGAACAACACCGGCAUUCUUUGUGCUGUCAUGUUGGACACUAAGGGUCCUGAGAUUCGAACUGGGUUUUUGAAAGAAGCAAAAUCCAUACAGCUCCAACAGGGUAAAGAGAUUACCAUCACCACUGACUAUAACAUAAAGGGUGAUGAGAAUAUGAUAAGUAUGAGCUACCCGAAGUUGGCUGAGGAUUUAAAGCCACAAAGUGUUAUUCUGUGUGCUGAUGGGACUAUUUCUCUUACUGUUCUGGAUUGUGACAAGGAACGGGGUUUGGUUCGUUGUCUCUGUGAAAACUCUGCAGCACUGGGUGAGAGGAAGAAUGUCAAUCUUCCUGGAGUUAUUGUUGAUCUCCCAACCUUAACUGAUAAGGACAAAGAGGAUAUUUUGGAAUGGGGAGUUCCAAAUAAGAUUGACAUGAUUGCUCUAUCUUUUGUUCGCAAAGGUUCUGACCUUGUGGAGGUCAGGAAACUGUUAGGACCCUAUGCAAAGAACAUCCUUCUCAUGUCAAAGGUGGAGAAUCAAGAAGGUGUUGCUAAUUUCGAUGAUAUUCUGGCAAACUCAGAUGCAUUUAUGGUGGCACGGGGUGACCUGGGAAUGGAAAUUCCCAUUGAAAAGAUAUUCCUAGCUCAGAAAGCGAUGAUACUGAAGGCCAACAUGCAAGGAAAACCAGUGGUGACUGCCACUCAGAUGUUGGAGUCCAUGACUAAAUCUCCCCGGCCUACCCGAGCUGAAGCCACUGAUGUUGCUAAUGCAGUUCUUGAUGGCACUGACUGCGUGAUGCUUAGCGGAGAAACUGCUGCUGGGGCCUAUCCUGAAAUUGCUGUACAAACCAUGUCUAGAAUUUGCGUGGAGGCAGAGAGUUUUAUAAACUAUGGAGAUCUUUUUAAAAGAAUAAUGAAAACUGCACCAAUCCCUAUGAGCCCAUUGGAGAGCUUGGCCUCUUCAGCAGUGAGCACAGCCCAUUGCAUUAAAGCAGCUCUGAUUUUGGUCCUAACCAGAGGAGGAAGCACCGCAAAGCUAGUGGCUAAGUACAGGCCAAGCAUGCCAAUCUUGUCCGUGGUGGUUCCAGAGAUAAGAACACGUACAGAUUCUUUCCAUUGGUCAUGCAGUGAUGAAGCUCCGGCAAGGCAUAGCCUUAUUUAUCGGGGUUUGGUUCCUGUUUUGAGCACAAGUUCUGCAAGAGCUUCUCAUGCAGAGUCAACCAAAGAGACCGUAGAGUUGGCCCUCCAACAUGCAAAGGCAAAGCAACUUUGCAAGCCUGGAGACUCGGUCGUGGUGUUGCAUAGAGUUGACUCUGCUACUGUCAUCAAAAUCUUGACCGUUGGUUGAUUAUAUUGAGCCAAUUAAGUUAAUUUAGGUCGUUAAUUAGUCAUACUUCUUAUUUUCUCGGCUUUUGUAUUCA